GUUCAAGAUCUUCGGUUUGACUCAUCCUGAGAGGAAACCACAGAAAGAGGAGGAGGAGGAGAAGGAGGAAAAGAAGAAGAAGAAGUUUGUAGGAACAGAACAAAGUUUGGAUCCUUUCUGUGGGACUUUAUUUCAUUUAUUUAUUUGGGGUUUUUUUAAGUUCACCCCAAAAACUGAAUCAAACGGUUGGACAGACAGGAGGACAGGAGGACACACAGUCCUGUUUGAGUCUUUUCUCUGAGGACAAAACAGGAGGAGAGUCUGUCUGUGUGAGUCUGUCUGUGUUUUCUCGGCCUGUCUGUGAGUCUGUGUGUCUGUCUGUGACUCGGGGUUCGGAGGAUGGCAGCGGGGUGUGUCGCCGCCCACAGCCGGCCUCGCGUCUCCUCCGCCGGGUUAGCGAGGCUCUGAUGUCCCGCCGCUGCUGCUGCUCUGGAGGUUAUCAGGACGGGGAGUGGACCCGGGUCCGGAUGAGGUUUAUUGACCAACAGGUCCAGACCGGAGCUGAAUAAAGAGGGUUCAGGAUGCCCUCUGAGCUGGCUGUAGGUGUGGUCUUCAGGGUUCUUUUGCCCUUCACUUUGACUGCAGGUAAGACGACCCUCAUAAUUACCACAGUGACUGAAGUACCACACAGAAUACAGUACUAAUAUCACACUGAAUAACAUACAAAUACUUCAGAGAUACGUGAAAGAUUAAAGUACCGCUUACAAGUAAAGUAGGUCUACUGAUACCACACCCAAUAAAAGUACAACCACCUCACAGACUGGAGUACAAGUAUCACAGUGAUAAGAGUACCGUUACCACGCUGUGGCAAGUACUACUACAAACCAAAGUAAUGUCAGUAAAGUAGUGCAAUAAUACCACUCAAACUAAAGUAUUAAUAACACAUUUUUUAUUGUUUGAUUAUCACAGAAAACAAAGUACAUAUACUGCACUGAUUAAACUGUACUGAUUUAGGUUCUGUUACGCAGAGUAAACUACAAAUGCCACAAAGAUUAAGGUAAUUAUACCAGGCACCAUUAAGUACCAAAAAGAUGAUGAAGUAUUUGUACCACUACUGACCAGAAUAAAAUACGUGUAUUUAAGUAUCAUUAACAUAAAGUCUCAACGACAAAUACAACUCAGUUAAAUCACUAAUUCUACACAGGAUAAAACACAGAUUGUUGUAUUCAAAAUACACAGAUUAAAGUACGCAUACAAGAUAUAUUGAAGUAUUAGUACAACGCGUUUUAAAAUAUUGAUACCACAAAGUUCAAAGUAGUAAAAGCACUGAUCAAACACAGUGCUCAGAUUAUAUCGAUACUUACACUUGAUGAAGUAUUUUAUUGUUACUCCAUCAAAGUUUAUGAAAGUAUUAAAGUACAGGUUACAGUGUAUUUACUGCAGUACUGUGUAGGAACUAAAUUAUUCAUUUAUUUGUAUUUUUACUUUUAUAGGCCAGACCGACACAUCUGUGCAGUGACACUAACCAAAACUUUAUUUAUUUGCAAAUAACGUAACGUCAGAGAUGAGUACAUCAUAAAUCAAUAUUUCUAUAUCAAAUCAAUAUAAUAUGUAUUGAUCAUCUUAAUGACAACCUAUUAACUUUAUUGAUGCAAAUAUAUGAGACAAAAACAAAUAUCUCAUUCCUCCUGGGUCUGUGUAUUUGGUAAAUAUCUGAUAAUGUCACAGAAAACACCUCAACGUAUCAGUCAAUCAAUCAAUCAAUCAGACUGUGAGGCGGCCAAUUUAUACAUCCAUGUUUUACCACAGAAGGUUAGAGUGAAAGAAAACAAGAACAACCAGGAUAAGAGAGGGAAAGAAAGAAAACAGUGAAGAGAAGAGGACAGAGGACAUCCAGGAGACGAGGAAACACAGGGACGCAAAAGAGAAACAACUGAGAGAGAGAGAGACAGAGGAGAGAGAGGACACAGAAGACAAAGGGGACGAAAAUAAACCAGGAAAAUGACAGAGAAGACAAGGAGACAAAGAAAGAAAGAUGACAGAGGAAACAAGAGCGGAGAAAAGGAAGACAGGAAACAAAAGGAGUUGAGCUGAGGGAGGAAACACGAAGGACAAAAGGUGACGGAGGAGAGAAAGUCAAGGGCAAAGACAGAAGACAAGGUCGAGAUGAAUGAGACGGAGGAGAAGGAGAGAGAGAGAGGAAGUAGAGGAGACAGGAGAGACAGAGGAGAUGGAGAGGUGGUUUUGAAUGAGUUCAGUGCUCCUCUCUGAGUCUCCGUGUUUUUUUAAGUAUUUAAUCCCAUAUCAGUCUAAAGAUGAGCCCGUCUGUUGCUAUGGUUACUAUUUAACACUCAGACCUUUAUUGACAUUAUUGAGUUUAACAGAAAUCAUUUCCUCUGCUGUCUGUCUCUCAGCUCAGUUCACCUUCAGCAGGAAAGUUCUGGUGGUUCUGAAUAAUCUGCUUUUGUUAGUUUAAGUGUAAAAGCUGCUGAAACAGCUGACAGCACACUGAUAUUAUCUAUGAUGACCAGAUCUAUGAUGACCAGAUCUAUGAUGAUCAGAUCUAUGAUGACCAGAUCUAUGAUGAUCAGAUCUAUAAUGACCAGAUCUAUAAUGACCAGAUCUAUGAUGAUCAGAUCUAUGAUGACCAGAUCUAUGAUGACCAGAUCUAUGAUGAUCAGAUCUAUGAUGAUCAGAUCUAUAAUGAUCAGAUCUAUGAUGACCAGAUCUAUGAUGAUCAGAUCUAUGAUGACCAGCUCUAUAAUGACCAGAUCUAUGAUGAUCAGAUCUAUAAUGAUCAGAUCUAUGAUGAUCAGAUCUAUGAUGAUCAGAUCUAUAAUGAUCAGAUCUAUGAUGACCAGAUCUAUAAUGAUCAGAUCUAUGAUGACAGAUCUAUAAUGAUCAGAUCUAUAAUGAUCAGAUCUAUGAUGAUCAGAUCUAUGAUGACCAGAUCUAUGAUCAUACUUCUGAAAUCUUUUGAUUCUGAUUGAUGACAUGAUCAACAAAAAUGUCCCUCACUGCUCCCUGUUGUGAGCCUGAAGACGUUUGGUGAUGUCACAGGUCAGUGGGGUCAUGGGUCUGUCUGCCUGACGUCUCAGUGAGUCUGUUGUCAUGGUAACAGUGAUUUUUUUCCCACCUAACGGUUGACGCGCUCCCUGUAAAAUCUUCGGGGACAGAUCACCGAAGAACCCGGAGUUCAGAAGUUUGGUGGAAUUUCCCUUUAAAGAGAAAACAGCUCCACAUUCCAGAGACAGGGGGAGGUGUGAGUGUGUGAGUGUGUGUGUGUGUGUGUGUGUGUGUGUGUGUGUGUGUGUGUGUGUGUACGUGUGGUUAGCUGUAUGUAAACACACACACACACACAGCCAGAUGUUGUUACCUGAGAGAGUGGAACCAAUCUGAGCAUGCAUGUUGGGGGAGGGGAGCGCUAACUAGGGGGCACUCUUCCUGUCCCAAACACACACACACACACACCUACACACACACUCACACACACACAUGCAUAUACCAAGAGCACGAAGUCUAUUUUAUCUAGUGGCAGCCUCAAGUCGUAAAGGUGGUGUAGGCAGGAAUCUGUUAAAGAAGCACAUUUUUUUGUGGCGUACAUACAAAAAUCUUCUAAUAUCAGUCAAUAGUUAUUAGUUAUUGAUGACAUUUGGUAAUAUAUCGAUAUCUCUGUGUUCUCUUCUGUCUGUGUCGUCAACAUUUGAACAUUUUUGAGCGGUCCGCUCUUUCUGACUGUAAACAAAGCCGUUCUCCACCUCCUCUAACCUGAUUGGUUGUGAGGCAGACGCUGCUCCCCCGUGUCGUUCAGGAGCCCAAACAAAGUUAGCGUGCUACAAUAUCGGACAGUAGAAACCAACCAGAAAGUUCGGAAAAUUGUCUGAAUCCUCCUUUGGCCACGACUGCCGACACAAGCAAGAAAACAAAGUAAAUACCGGAGACUCUGGAGGAAUAACGGGCGCUUAAAACGGAGGUAGACCGGACAAGAGCUAAAAAGACGGGUCAACAUAAACCAUGGGGGAAGCUUGGGGAUCUUGGUGACCCUGUAACCUUUCUGCUGGACAGGUAAACCGCUUUAACAAAGUAAGACAAGUGUCUGUAACAGAAGUGUUUCUUGUCAAACGGACCUGCUGUAGCGUGUUGUAGCGCCAUCGCUAAACUGUCUCCCUCGGGUCCUGGACUAUGUCACUUUAUCCUCGUUGUAGAAGUCCUGCAAACAUUGUGUUUGCUGGUAGUCUGUUGGCAUCUGCAGUAGCGCCAAUGCUUUUGACUUUCACCUUGACUGGGCCCCAUUUGUAAUGAUCUGAAGUAUUUAUCUGCAUUAUAUCUGAAUUUAAUCGGAACGAGCAAGAGCGUCUGUUUGUGGGCGGGGCUUGAGGGGAGAGGAGGAGCUGAGGGGAAAACUGGUUGGAGGGGUAGAGUUUACAUUCAAGGUUUCUCCUAAAACUGGAACUUCAUCAGAUCCUGACUACAACACCUUUAAGAGUGAAGUCAGUGCAUUCGUACUAAAAACUGCAGUUCCUCGUGUGUCCACUUGAGGCAGACUCCUAAAGUAUCAGGUUCCUCAUGCAGAUCUAUUAAAAAAAGCUAAUCUUCAAAAUUAGUUGCCUUGAUGACUUGACUGACUGUUGAUUCAUACGCUGAUGUAUUGAUUAAUGUAUGGAUGUUCUGACGUAUUGAUUAAUGUAUGGAUGUUCUGAUGUAUUGAUUAAUGUGUGGAUGUUCUGAUGUAUUGAUUGAUUGAUGUCUUCACAGCCUGUGUGUUGCGGUUCAAUGGAUUCUCUCUGCUGUAUGUCCUCCUGCUGCUCCUGCUGCCGCUGCUGCCAGACCCCGCCUCCUCCUCAGGUUAAUACCGUUCUGUAGUCCCGACUCCGCCUCCACAUCACAUAACAAUGACAUCACCAGUUGAACAUGUUACUUCAGUGACGUCUUCAGUCUUCAGUCGAGGCUCGCCGUGUUUGUGUGUGUUGGGGAGCAGAGGUAGAGAUAAACCCUCCGUGCACAUCCUAACACACACAAACACGGACACAUCGCCAGUUAGCAGGUCACAUGACCUCAGGAUGUGCGGCGUUUCCUGGAGGAAACAGAGUUUGUAUUUUUCAGAGGGGGGUCUCCACAGGAAGUAAGCUUGUUCUCUAAGAGGUCACUUCCUGUCCUCUAUUGUGUAUUUCCCCCAUGGACUGUUUUAGAAGCUGGGCGACAUUUACCCUCUCCUAAAUUGAAGCUGAAACAUUCGGAGCUCCCCCUGGUGACUGGCUGCAGUAUAGGUCAGACAAGUCUCCAUGUUAACAGAUGGUACAUGGCUAAAAUAACAAAAAUCGAAAUAGACGUCAAAUGUUUUUCAGACAUUUGUGAGGAAGAAGAAAAGCUAAGCUACCUUAGUUUAUGAGUUGUUGGCUGUUGUUGUGUGUUGUUGACGUGUGUGUUGUUGACGUGUGUGUUGUUGACGUGUGUGUUGUUGACGUGUGUGUUGUUGACGUGUGUGUUGUUGACAUGUGUGUUGUUGACGUGUGUGUUGUUUCUUAGGGAGCGUCCGGCGCUGUGUGAUGGCGUUGUGCUGCUCCAGCUUCCUCUUCCUGUUGCUCCAGUCGUUCUUCCAGCUGACCAACCUGACACUGCAGCCCCCAGCUAACUGUGAGACACACCUGUCUACCUGCCCGUCUACCUGCUCACUCUCUUAUCUGCCCGUCUCACUCUGUCGGCCUCUCUGGUUAAUCCUGGUCUGUCUGUUUGCAGGUACAUCCUGGCAGAAUGCUCUGAGCCAGCUUGGCCUCCUGAGGUAAGACCCACAAACAGACUAAAGGGGGGCUGGGAGACAUAGGACAAUCCGACUUUAGUCCAUCCACACUGGGAGUUUAAGAACCCACUCUGGCAAAUGUUCAGUCUUUGGUGGUCUAAGGGGGCUCUGCAGCUGUUGUUCCUGCACUUUGUUGUUCCAGGCAUUAGCUGUCUUGUUUUUGUUGGGGUUCUUGAUCUGGUUUUCCUGGGGGACAGUAGGUGUUCUAUGAAGAACCUGAGCACUCGGUCUUAGUCGACCUGGAGCUGCCUGUCCUGUGAUUUUCCCCGUCCACCAAUUCCUUCUGGAUCUGGUUGAGAGACGAAUUUCGUAGUGGAUUACUGACAGCGGUAAUCGCGAGAACUCACAAGAACCCGCAGAUUCACGUUCAAUCGCGCGAUAGCGAGUUGUCUCUCUAAAGACAGACACAUAGACAUAUAAGCAGUAGAUUGUGUCCUUCCAGAGGAGGAAAUCUACUUCUAGACUUCUAGAAUCAGCAUCUCCUCAUCCAUGGUGUCAUCGGGGUGAAAUGACGUCUAAAAACCUUUCACUUGUUCGUCUCCGCCCGUUUGCAUGGUGUGAAAUACGAUCCUCCUGAAACACGGAGUGUUUUAUUUUGAAAAGAAGCCGGAUGUUUUAUUUUGUGUCUGUGCCCGACUUCCUUUCCAGCACGGGUUAAUCUGUGCUGAAUUUAUCCGCCAUGCUCCGGCGUCCAGAAAAAAUAGAACUCUUGAGAUCAGCUGGAGGUGGAGAUUUGGGGGUUACUGUUGUUAAAAGGUUGUUCUGAUUAUUCCUGUGAACUCUGGAGACCUGGUCUUAUUGUCAGCAGUAUUGGCCUCCUCUCCAAACCUUCAGACAGCCUCUUAUUAUCUAAAGUAAGUUAUUCCUCUUGUGGCACAGUUAGUCAGCAUGAUGGGAGUUUUCUUAUCUCCAGAUGUUCAGGUUUGCAGGACUAUCCCUGACUGAAUAGAUGAGAAACUUGGUGAAUGAUAGUUUGGCUCUCCAGAGGUUGGUCCAGGUUAUUGUUCUUGGUGUUCCCGUCUGGUCCCCAUCUGCUGUGAUCGUAUCCUGAGACAAUCACGGCUUCUCUGAGGUCGUGUGACGGCACAGUUUGGUCUUUGGUGCUUUUGACUGAAGCCGCUCUAGCCUGCCGACUCUCUGUGCUCCCUCUGUAAACUGCUUUGCCACCAGUUCUCCAUUUUCACACCACGUCUGAUUUUACGCGGGUCAUACCUGCUCUGGUCCAAACCUCGGGUCUUUGCUGCUGCUCUCCCCACCUCAGGCUUUGACAUCCCAAGUCUGUAUGAGAAAGGUCAGGCAGCUCCCAGAGUAGAAGUGAUCGCAUGUUGACACUGAGGUCUCUCGGACUAAAGCAGUCCGGACCGAGUUUGUCCUAAAUGUGCCCGUCUCCUCUCUGCAGACUGGGGUUCUCUCAGAAGGACGGUUUCUUUCCCACAGUUUGUCGUCCGCUCCUUCUCCGAACCUCCAAAUAGAAAAAAAACUUAAAGUAGCAGUCUGUCCCCUUCGAGAGCACGACCACGCUGACAUCUGAUCCUGUGUGUGUGUGUGUUUGUGUGUGUGUGUGUGUGUGUGUGAGCCACAAGAGGUACAGACAGUAGUCACUCUGUCUGGACUACAUGGCUCUGUAAACACCUACGCACGCCAUUAAACACACAUAUGCUGACUUAUAGUGAGCAGAAAUCCUUCAGUGAGUCUGAACAGACAACAAACACCAUCUGUCCCUCUGUCCGUCUGUCCGUCUGUCCGUCUGUCCUCUGCUGUCCCCGUCUCUCCGCCUCAGUCUGACAGGAAGUGAUGCCGGCUCUGCUGUAAGACAGCUGUUUCCAGAUGUCGGCGUGCUGGUCGUCAGUUUGCUGACGUGGAGGCUGAUUGUGAAACUUAACACCAAUACAAAUAUGCAGGUAACACACACACAGACACAGACACACACACACAGACACAGACACAGACACACACUCCAGUGAAGCAGGUGUAACCCUAUUAAGUCGUCUUCUCUUGUUUCUUAGUGAUGUUUCCUGUCUAUUAGCGAGUAACUCAGUCAGCUAUUUAUUACUGUAACAUGAUUAUGUGACUGCAUCAGGACACACACACACACACACACACACACACACACACACACACACACACACACACACACACACACACACACACACACACACUAAGUGAUUAGGUUUUGGGUUCAAUCAGUUUAAUAUUUAUUCUGUCAGAGUCUGUUUGUUAACAUGAAACCAGACCUGCAGGACACCAGUCCUCCUCCUCCUCCUCCUCCUCUCCUACCUCCUUCCCUUCUUCCUUCCUCCCAUCCUUCCUUCCUCUCCUCUUUCUCCACCUCCUUUCUUUCUCCUUCCCCCCAUUUAGGCUUUUGGGUUUGACCUCUAUGUCCCUCACUGAGAGGUCAGAGGUCACACAUGUUUCUGUGUAUAUUCAGCCUCAGCAGGAUAUUCAGCCGCAGCAGCAGCAGGAGGAGGAGCUGAUGUUUGAGGAGGACUCUGUGCUCGGAGAGGGGGGCGAAGAAGAGGAGGAGGAGGAAGAAGAGGAGGAGGAGGAAGGGGGCGGCAGAAACAGGGUCCUGGUUGAACUGGAGUUGGUGAUUUGUAAAGCCAGGAGGAUUGUGGGAAACAUGACGACAACCGGAGGGAAGGUGCUUCUGACGGCUUUACUGGGACUGACAGGUAAGAGAAGAAGAAACCAGUCAUGGGGGGUUAGAGGGUCCAGAAGUGUGACGGUUUCCCUUUAGUCCUGACAAAAUCCAAACGGGUCAGUGAACCUCGAUCGUAAACUACAGCUGUACCUCAAACUCUCUCAUGGUACCUCCAUACUUUCACUCCCACUGUUCCCAAUACUCCCACUGUUCCCAAUACUCCCACUGUACUCCAUUCUCAAACCAUGUCCCAUCAUCUCAUGGUAACCCAGACCUAUACUGUGCUCUGUACUCUUGCUGCACACAUUAUUGUUCCCCAUAUCCUUCACUUUAACCCACAGUAUUAUUAUUAUUAUUAUUAUCAUUAUUAUUAUUAUUAUUAUUAUUAUUAAUAUUGUUGUUAUUUAUUAUUAUUAUUAUUAUUAUCAUUAUUAUUAUUAUUAUUAUUAUUGUUGUUGUUAUUUAUUAUUAUUAUUAUUAUUAUUAUACCCUUUAUUUAACCAGGUUUGUCCCACUGAGAUCCAAGAUCCUCUUUUGCAAGAAUGUCAGCACAUACAGUUUCAGAAUCACAUUAAUCAUUUAGAAUACAAAGAAUACAAAUAAUAAUUGAAUUUUCAAAAUUAGGUAAAAGAAUUUACAAGAUUAGUCAAAUAUUUGUCCUCCUGGAUUUAAAAACAUUCAGAGAUAUCAGACUUUGGAGUUUCAGGUCUGAUUUCUUCCCCAUCUCUGUCCUGACCUUAAAAACAGUAAAAUAAUUAAAGUCCUGGGAGCGGAGACUGUCGACCCGAUUAUUCAAGAUUAAAAGUGAUGAUAAAUAAGAUGGAGUCAUCUGAAGAACAGCCUUAUAAAUCAACACGUACUGAUAUAAAGACGGUCGAUUUACUUUAGUGUAUAAGACACAAUGAUGAGUUUGAGCUUUUGUAAUAAACCUCAGAGCGCCGUGAUUCACACGAUCCAGCAUGUGGAGACAUUGAAUAGAGGCGUUCAUAUAUAACACAUCAUUGUAAUCAAUAAUCAGAGGAAAGGUCGACUCCACCAGUUUCUGUUUCACACUAAAAGAAAAAAAAAAUCCUGUUAAUGAAUUUAAUCCUGUUUUACUUCAUCCUCUCACUGCUCCUCAUAACUCUAUAGACACCCAGACACCCACCCUCCAGAUGUUCCCCACUGUACCCUCUGCUCUCUCUGGACCCCUUACACUCCCUGUACCUCGUACUCUUCAAGUUCACCUUCCUCUUUCGUACCGACUAAACGGUCCUGAAUGAGUUCUCCUCCCCCCUCUCCCCUUCUCCCCCUCCAGGCAUCGUCUUCCCCUCCCUCUCCUCUCUUCUCUACCUCCUUUGUUUCCAGGUGUUGUGUACCUGCUGGGCGUGGUCAGGUCAGGUCCCAGCCCUCCUCUUCAGGUGUGUUUCCCUGAUGUCACUCGUGUACUCCCCCACCCACUUCCUGCUGGUGUACUGCUAUCAGCUGCCUUCACUUCAGGAGGCGUGGCCUCCAAACUGCACCUCUGCCAGGUAACUCAUCUCUGUUGUCACCAAUAAAGAAAACAGGAGGAGGCGGGUAAAAAAACAAGGAGUUUGGGAAGGAAAGACGGAGGUGAAGAGUGAAGGAGAGAAGGAGGGUGGAUGGUAGAAGAAGUGUUUUUAGAUGAUCUAGUUAAAGGUUAAAGAGGAAGAGUAAACAGCAGGAACAGUUCAGUUUAAUAACAGGUUGGUCUGAAUGUUUGGAACAUGGUGUGUCUGUAUCAGCAGGUCGGGGGGGUAGACGUGUGUGGACCUGUAACAUUAUGCAGAGGUGUCCACACACACCUAAAUUAUCCGAUAAUUGGUUGAUUGACUGAUUGUCCUCUGCAGUGUUCUGGGUCUGGUCUCCGUGGCCUCGGCGGACUGUGCCGCCCCCUGGAGGCUGCAGGUGAACUCCGAUCUCAGCUGGUUUCACUUCUGUGGUCCUCUGAUGCUGUUGCUGCUCUACAACACGGUGGCUGCUCUGUGGAGGAACAAGGUGACGUGGUCCAGCAUGAACAGGGAAAUCAUACAACGUAAAGAAAUCAGACUGUGACUAAAUCCAGAGGCUGCAGCUGGGAGACGGCUUUUCCGACAAACGUGUCCUGCUUCUCUGGGCCCUCAGGUGUAUCCUUCACAGCCCCGCUUCUUCAGCUGAUCCUCUCAAACUGCUGAGUAAUAACCGGUUAAAUUAAAGUAAUCUGUCCAAACUCAGCAGCUUCACAAAAGUUUUAAAGAAAGUCACAAUAAAAUAUGACCUGGUCUUUGAAAUGUUGGUGGUGGUGAUAAGUUACAGGAUGCUAGCUGGCAUAAAAUUAAGUUAGGGUCAAACUCACCGUAACACCGAGUUAGACCCCCCCUCCAGAGAUGAAUGUUGUCGACCGCUUGCUUCUCUAGUUAUACCAACUUUAGUAACGACCGCAGGAUAGAAAUACAGAGAGCCACGCCCUCAACCAAAACGCCACUCUAUAGCCACAAAUAAUGCUCAGAACAGCACCUAACUUCAUCAACAGGACAUAUAGGGUCACAGACAUAGUACUAGACACCAAACAUCUUUUUAACUUUGACUCAUUUCUUUAGCAAAGAGACUAAACACAACUCACCUACUCUCUUCCAGCAGCCGCUUGUUUGUAGGGAGACCUCAGGCCAGUCCAUUACGGACUACAGCGGGGUGACGCAGCUCAAGGAAGAACAUUUAUGAUCAGGUCUUCAAAAACUUCAACCCCUGGAUUUAGACACAGCAUUAAUGUUGAUGUCAUACAGUAUCAUGACUUUACAGAAUGAUGUCAUUAAUCAGCAUUAUGAUGUCGUUAUUUUGAGUUCUGAUUAAUGAUGAUGUCAUGAUUUGAGUCGGAAAAAAGCAAAAUCGGAGGUAGAAACAAGAUGGCUACAUCUACGAAAGUUAUUUUAGCACUAGCCUUGUCUGAAUUCAAGCAACUUCUGGACAAACGUGCGGUCCUUCUGCAACAUCUUGUUUCCGCCUCCGGUUUUAUUUUUUUCCGACUUGGUGACUGAGACGCUGGUGACUCGAGCUCAUUUUCAGCUCGGACCUCUGACUUCUGAGGUGACUCGAACGCCACAUAUGAAGUCGUUAUUUUGAGCUCUGAUUAAUGAUGAUGUCAUGACCUCCUCAAUAGACCGAUGUUGUUUUUUUGCUGCUGGGUCGGGGUCCUCGCGCUCCCAUUGGCUGAUCUGAGUCUCCUGUUUCUGCAGCUGAUUGACGGCGAUGGGGGUCGUCCCGCAGAGGGGUCAGAGUCAGCAUUAAGUCAGAGCUGUGACAUCAUCACCGCCACCAGCCACCUGAGCGAUGAGGUUACGAGUGACAUCACAGCAGAGAGACGGCGGGAGCUGUGGCGGCGAGCUCAUGAGCGUCCCGAGUUCAGAGAUGUACGCUAACAUAACACCCUGACUCAUCAUUAUCUCUGACAUGAUCGAGUUUAUUAACAGAGAACAUGUCCGUCCUCAGGUGUUGACAUCAUCCACCAAUGACAGCCCCUCUGACUCCUUUGCCCCUCCCACCCAGAGCACAGCGCUGGAAUUGGACGUUUAUUCUCCUCCUAAUUACUCUCUGAGCCAAUCAGGUGAGUUCUUGCUUUGAAUUUUAUCUGAGAAUCAUCCGUGAAGAAGCCCAGAUCAACACUGGGAUCAUUUCUGUUCCUGCUUUGUGAUUGGAUGAUUUUGUGAAGUUGUACCGGUCUCUGUUGUAGCACCUCUAGGACAAAAGUCCAGCUUCAGUAACUCCAUAAAUCCUCUUCUGCAGAUACUUUGGAGACGUGUGUGUUUGAAGAAGAGGAGUGGGAAGAAGAGGGGGAGGAUCAAGAAGAAGAAGUAAGGAGAAAGGGUGAGGAGGGAGUAAACGCCGCCUCCAUGGCGUUCAGUUUCCUCCUCAAACAGAGUUACAUUUGCGCCCUGAUCGCCAUGAUGGCCUGGUCCAUCACGUACGUGUCCUGGCUGACCUGUGUCCUGCUCCUCUGGUCCUGUGUCCUCUGGAUGAUGCGAGAGCGCCGGCGCUACACCCUGAUGUCAUCUCCUUGGCUGGUCGCCUACGGCAACCUGCUUGUCAUCCUACAGUACAUCUACAGUUUCCCGAGUAUCCAGGAAGUUCCAGGACUUUUCCCAAGAAAAGACGACCCCUGCAGAGAGCUGGCCUCUAAGGUACUUCACCACCACGACACAUUUGUGCACAUGGGCCAGUUUUCUUCCACAGUUGACCCUUUGACGUGUGGGGUCCCCCAGGGGUCAGUCCUGGGUCCCCUAUUGCUCCCCUUGGGGUCCAUUUUUAGACAGCAUGGUGUUUCUUUUUCACUGUUUUGCUGAUGAUGUGCAGGUUUAUUUGUCUGUAUUUGUCUGUAUUUGUCUGUAUUUGUCUGUAUUUGUCUGUUAAGGUCCCGACACAGACUCUCUGCAGGUCGAGUUUAACUGUCCAGACAUGUUUGUUUCUGUUACAGCUGUUGUGUUUGUUGAGCUUCUGGCUGCUGAUGCGUCAGGCGCUGACCGAGAAGAUCGAAAGGCAGAGAGACAGACAGGCAGACGCUCAGCUGUCGGCCAUAACCGUCCACCUGGAGGGUAAGACACCUGUGUGUGUGCACCGACUGCUUACCUGUCUGACUGACUGCUGACCUGUCUCAUGACCUGUUACCUGUCGGCUCUUCAAUCCAGUCGGGGAGCAGAGGGCGGAGGAGCAUCUUCAGGAUAUGAAGCAGGGGGAGGUGUUGUACGAGGAGAUGCUGUUCCUGCAGCAAGCAGGCGGAGUUAAGAUGGAGGCGCUGGUUGCCGUGGUGACCAGAAUGUUUGUGAAAUACUGGAUCUACGUCUGCGGGACGAUGUUCUUCUUCGUGAGCUUCGAGGGAAAAAUCGUUCUCUAUAAAGUCAUCUACAUGGUCAUGUUCCUGUGCUGCGUCGCCCUUUACCAGGUAGUACUGCAAUACUGCGAGUACUGUUACCUCAACAAGGUAGUACUGCAAUACUAGGAAUACUAUGACCUUAACCAGGUAGUACUGCAAUACUGCGAAUACUAUUACCUCAACAAGGUAGUACUGCAAUACUGUGAAUAUUAUGACCUCAAUGAGGUAGUACUGCAAUACUGCAAGUACUAUGACCUCAGUAAGGUUAUGUUACAAUACUGCGAAUACUGUUACCUUAACAAGGUAGUACUGAAUAUUAUGACCUCAAUGAGGUAGUACUGCAAUACUGCGAGUACUUUUACCUCAACCAGGAGAUAUUACAAUACUGCAAAUACUAUCACCUCAAUAAGGUAAUGUUACAAUACUGCGAAUACUAUGACCUCAACCAGGUGAUAUUCAAUACUGCAAUACUAUGACCUUAAUGAGAUAGUACUGCAAUACUGCAAAUACUAUGACCUUAAUGAGAUAGUACUGCAAUACAGCUAAUACUAUGACUUCAACCUGGUGAUAUUACAGUACUGCAAAUACUAAAUACUACCAGUCUGCAGUAGGACUCUGAAUCUGUAAACCUGAUGUAUUUGGCACUACUGCAGUACUCUGAAUACUCUGAAUACUCUGUAUACUCUGAACCCCCCCCUUGUCUCUCGUCCCGUUUGUCUCUCGGCAGUUAAACUACGAGCGUUGGCGAGCCUUGCUCAGGGGUUUCUGGGUGGCGGUGGUGGUUUAUUCCAUGAUGGUGCUGAUCUUGGUCUACACCUUCCAGUUCCCCUCAUCCCCCCACCUGUGGCGCUACUACACCGGACUCAGCACUCACAGGUGAGGUCAGGUCCUCAGGAGGAGUUCCCAGGUUCUCACAGGUGAACACGCUCACAGACCCGUGUUCGCCGUCUCUGGUGUGUGUCUGCAGGUUGGAGGACGUGGGUCUGGAGAAGUUCUCCGUUCCUGUUCUCUUCACGAGGAUCUUCAUCCCCGCUGCGUUCCUGCUGGUACUGAAACACAUCCUGAUCUAACAGCUGAAGGUUCCUGUGUGUCAUUUACUCAACGUCUCACCUGUGCUCCACAGGUGUGUAUCGUACACCUGCAUUACUUCCAUGAGCCGUUCCUGCAGCUGACCGACCUGAAGACGGUGGUGGACACGCACAACAGCACCAUCACCAGGUGAGAGCAGGAAUCAGUCAGAAACGAACCAUCACGACACGAAGAUGAGUUUACAGACUAAAACUGACAGAUGAAGUUACAUGAUUGACCAGAGGGGGGCGCUCUCUCUGCAGGCUGGUCCACUCUGAUGGCAGCCUCUUUGACCUCUCUCUGGGUGGAUCUGGAUCUCCUCAGCUCCUCCUGGAGGACCAGAAGAGUGGAGGACAGAGGGAGAAAGAGGAGGAAAAAGAGAACAAAUGGAUAAAAGAGGAAGAGAAAGAGGAGGAGGAGGAGGAGGAGGAGGAGGAGUAUCCCUGUGUGUUCGACGCUGAGACUCUGUCGGAUCACCUGACAGGUAAAAACACCUGAACCUUUCAUGAGGACUAAACCUGGGACAGACCAGUUUUAGCGGUGACCCCGACUCUCUCUGUUUCUCCUCCUCAGUCCUGGUCUCCUGGAGGCUGGUGGUGGAUCGUCUCUCUGUUCUGUUCCUGCGCCUCCUCCUGUCCCUGCAGCGUCUGCAGCACCUCCUCUGGUGGCUUCUGGAACUGCACAUCGUCAAGAUCGUCUCCUCCUACAUCAUAUGGGUCUCUGUGAAGGAGGUCAGGACCCGUCUGUCUGUCUGUCUGUCUGUUUGUCUGUCUGUGUGUGUGUGUAUGUGUGUGUCUGUGUGUCUGUCUGUCUGUCUGUCUGUCUGUCUGUCUGUCUCUCCUCGUCCACAGGUGUGUAUUAAACCCGUCUGUCCGUCUGUCCUCAGGUGUGUUUAUUGAACCUGCUCUUCGUUCUCUGCGUGGCGGUGGCUCUUCCCUGUAAGCAGUGGCGCCCCCUGCUGUCAGGAGUGUGUACGGUGUGGACAUGCGUGCUGACCGUCUGUAAGAUGUUGUACCAGCUGAACGUCGUCCAGCCAAUCAGAUACUCCUCCAACUGCACCAUGGUAACCACCGCAGCGUCACACCUGUCUGUCUGUGUGUCUGUUAUCAGCCCUGACCCCUGACCUCACGGACACCUGUCUGUGUUUUCCCGUAGCCAGGUAACUCCAGCAUCGACCUGUCCCGCUCUGUUCUGUACUCUGGUUCAGUUGACCCCGCCCAGUGGGUGGGGCUUCGCAAAACGGAAGGAAAGCUUCUUGAUUACCUGAGGGUGAGCGGUGACAUCAAACCUAAAUAAGACACGUAGCUCUGUCGUAAAACCGCGUCACGCUAACCCGCUUCACGCUGUCUUAUCUUCACAGUAUAACCUGACGAUGUUAGCGCUGUUAGCCUUCGAGGUGACGGUCUACAGACACCAGGAACUCUACCGUCUCCGACACAACAAGGUCCCGCCUCCCACCAGGACUUUGUUCCACGACGUCACCAGGAAUCACCUGGAUGCCGACGUGCUGAGCUGCAUUAAAUACUUCCUCAACUACUUCUUCUACAAGUUUGGGCUCGAGGUAAGACGCUAACACAUUAGCAUAGCAACAAGCUAACCUCAUUCUGUUAAGCAUAUCCCCUCUCCCUCCUCCCCCUCCUCAGACCUGCUUCCUGUUGGCCGUAAAUGUGAUUGGUCAGAGGAUGGAUCUGUUCGCCGUGUGCCACGCCUUUGGCCUCAUAACCGUCCUAUCACAUCGCAGCAGGGAGCGCAUCAGCUCCGUGUGGCCAAAGUACUGCUACUUCCUGUCAGGGCUGCUGAGUUUCCAGUACCUGUUGUGUAUCGGAUUCCCUCCAGCUACCUGUGCAGGUACGUCCUCACCUGAUCCCUGAAGACAGUCGUGUGGUUAUCGACUCAAACGUUAAAGAGAGCUGGUGUCCCCCCUCCUCCUCAGAUUACCCGUGGAGACCGCCGUCCUCUGAAGUGGACUCUAACGUGGUGAAGUGGCUCUUCCUCCCGGAUCACCUGACUCCACCAAACCCGCUCUUCCUCCUCUGUGAGACUCUUCAUCAUCUUUACCUCCUCUUAGUUAGACACUAUCCUUUACUUGAAUCUAUCAUGUUUUAUAUCUAUGUCUUAAAUGUUCAUGUAUACUGUCUCUAACCCCGGAUUUACACCGCAUCCAGAACGGCGGCGGUUUUCACCAACCGCAAAUUCCUACCUGAUCCGUUUGUGAGGCGAAUUUCUUGGCGGAUUACGGACGAGAACUCACAAGAACCUGUGGAUUCUUGUUCAAUCGUGUGAUAACGAGUUGUCUCUCUAAAGACAGACACAUAGACAUAUAAGCAGUAGAUUGUGUCCUUCCAGAGGAGGAAAUCUACUUCUAGACUUCUAGAAUCAGCAUCUCCUCAUCCAUGGUGUCAUCGGGGUGAAAUGACGUCUAAAAACCUUUCACUUGUUCGUCUCCGCCUGUUUGCAUGGUGUGAAAUACGAUCCUCCUGAGUGUUUUAUUGAUGAUGGAAGAAAAGCCAAAUUGACCGUAGUAAAUACAGUCUAUAGUUACGAUCAGCUGUGAUCAGCGGAUACGAUCUUUUCAUAGCCGUUCUGGAUGUGGUGUAAAUUGAGGUUAAGUUCUGUUUUUCUGUCUCCUGACCCUCAGAUGACUUCAUGCUCCUCCUCGGCGCCUCCCUGCAGCUGCAGGUGUUCGAGGAGGAGCUCCAGGAGUCCGUUCAGGUGCUCGCAGGUGAAAACUGUGAGCUGGAUGGAAAUGACGGACAGGUCUCAGAUCUAAUCAGACAGCUGCGACUCAGCACCGCCCCCGACUUCAUGAUGUGCAGGUACGCUCCAGCCGAGCACACACCUGUCUGUGAACACUCACCUGUUCCUCUGACCUCUAACCUGUUUCUGUGCAGGUCUUACCUGGACAUGAUGAAGGUGAUCAUCUUCAGCUACAUGUUCUGGUUUGUCCUGACCAUCAUCUUCAUCACUGGGACCACCAGGUGAGGAGGAGGAGGAGGAGGAGAACCUUCAGGUGUCUGAAACAACCACGAACGUUUGCCUGAUGACAGGUGUGUUCUUCCUGUUCCAGGAUCAGUAUCUUCUGUAUGGGUUACCUGGUGGCCUGUUUCUACUUCCUGUUGGUGGGCGGAGACUUGCUGCUGAAACCAAUCAGAUCAAUCCUGCUGUACUGGGACUGUCUGAUUGGUUACAAUGUGUUCGUCAUCACCAUGAAGAACAUCCUGUCGGUGAGUUCAUCUUCAUCUUCAUCUUCAUCUUGAUCCCCGUUGUCUUCAUCACCUCCACCUCUCCGUCUGUCUGUCUGGUUCUGACCCGUCUGUCUGUCUGGUUCUGACCCGUCUGUCUCUCAGGUCCUGGCCUGUGGUUUCAUCAAGUCCUUGGUGGUCAAUCAUUGUUGGCUCAUUCAGCUCUUCAGUUUAGCCUGUACCAUCAAAGGAUACACCAAACGUACGUACCUGUCCACCUGUCUGUCUGUCUGUCUGUCCUCCUGUCUGUCCACCUGUCUGUCUGUCUGUCCUCCUGUCUGUCCUCCUGUCUGUCUGUCUGUUGUUUACUGGUUGUUGUUUGUGUCGCUGCAGCGGAGCAGCAGAGCAGUAAACAGUGCGAGUUGCCGAGCGACGAGGCGGGGAUCAUCUGGGACGGCGUCUGUUUCUGUUUCCUGUUACUGCAGAGGCGAGUCUUUCGGAGUCACUACUUCCUGUACGUGGUCCUGGACCUGAGACACACACAGCUGCUGGCCUCCAGGUAUACACACACACACACACACACACACACACACAGAUGCGUACACUGGUCACACACACAGAGUCACAUCACGGUAAUGAGUGUGUCUGUGGGUUUAUUUCAGGGGGGCGGAGCUUUUCGAGGCGUCCACGGUAAAAGCUGUCAGAGCCAGACUGGAGGUGGAGAAGACGUCCAUGGACCUGCUGAAGAGACAGUAAGACACAAACACGGGUCCGAGUCCGGACCCCCUGGUCUAGUCUGAGCUCAGAGACUUGGACUCGUCGGACCUGUUGACGGUUUUCUGUGUUUUCAGGAUGGAGAGGAUCAAAACUCGGCAGCAGAAGUUUCGCCGAGGAAAAGAGAAAUUAUUGAGUCUGAACCAAGACAGCUCCCGGAUUACCGGUGUGUGUGAGAACAAGCAUCUGUCGCCAUGGUAACGGUGUCAAACACACAGCUGUCAAUCAGAGUAGAGUGGAUGACCGUUUCUGCUUCUUUCAGGUCCGGAGAAGAAGAAGGAGCAGAAGGAGUGGUGGAGGCCCUGGGUUAACCACGCCUCCAGUGAGUCAUAACCUUUGACAUCGUCACGGUCUACGUUUUUAAGUCGGUCUGUUUGACUCCGUCUGUUUUUACCCGUCUGUCUGCGCAGUGGUGAGGAGCGGGGAUUACUACCUGUUUGAGACGGACAGUGAAGAGGAGGAGGAAGAAGAUGAAAAGAAGGAGGAGGAGCAACCGGAGAAAUCAGCCUUUCAGGUAAGAAACUUCACGACCUCCUCCACUGAGCUCGCAUUAGACCUGAAUGUAGUUAAUGUAGAACCUGUCCCUCCUGAGAGCCGGGGAACAGGUUUGUCAUGACGUUUUCUCUUCUGUCAGUUCGUGUAUCACGCCUGGAUAACAGACUCCAGAACAGCGAUGAGAGCGCGCUUCAACCAGAGGAAACUCCGUAAGAAGAACUCCUCCGACCAAAGGUUCAGGAAGGAGGAGCCCAGAGGAGGUAAGAGGAGGAGGAGGAGGAGGAGGACAAGAGGGGGGGGCAUGAAGUCCUGAGUGUGGAGCUAAGAGUUGAACCCACUCAUGUUGACAUUUGCUGACUGGAUGUUGAUCUGAGCUGUAGAUAUGAACAGCUGAUGUAAACAACAAAAACAACAAUAAAGUUUGAUCAGUUUGAACAUCAGAUCUCGUGUCUUUAUUGUGUAUUUGAUUAAAUUUGGGUGGAAAAGGUUUGAAAAUAACUGUUUUAUUCAGGUGUCCCCACUUCAGUGAAUUUAGGGUUGUAGUUUUAGAGAACUGAGUCAUCAGCGUACGACUUUUACCAGCGAACAAACCCACUAACCCACUGUGACCCUGUCCUCUCUGCAGGAGCUGAAGUCAUUGAAAUCACAGAGGAGACAGUCGAGGACCAGGAGGAGGAGGAAGAAGAGGAGGAGGAGAAGGAGGAGAAAGAAGAGGGGCCAGGUAGGAGGUCUCAGACACACCUGUCACACACAGAUGUUGGUUCACCAUCAGGGAGUCUAAUUCCAGCUGACGUGUGUGUUUCAGACACGGUGCUGCGUCGAUUCUCCAACACCAUGCGGUUCUGUUGGGUUCUGCUGUCAGCUCUGCUGGACUCUCUGACAGCCUGGGUCCGCAAUCUGUGUCAGGAACACAUCGACAUCUCCACCGUUCUCCGUGUAGAGCGCUGUAUGCUAAUGCAGCAGGCUAAGCAGGUAAAGAUCAGCUCAAACAAGGAUGACGGAGGUGUAGGGCUGGGCGAUAAAAUGAUAACGAUAUAUAUCAAAAAUUAAUUUCCCUCAAUAUCAACGUAAAUUAUGGUCAAUAUGCUUUUCAAUAUGCCAUGUUUUGGUGGACUAUACUAAUAUCAAAAGAAAAAGGGAGUUGCUCUGGGUCUGCUUCGCGCUAGAAUUAGAACCAAGUAUCAACCAACUGCAAAGUCAUAGCAUACAGCAGCUACACCCAACCAUAGCACUUUAACAGGUGAAGCCGACAGCACUGUUGGUGAGAAACAAAGAAAAUGAGUGCUACCCCCGACAGAAAUGACCAUGAAGGCUCAACAGAUGACCACAUCAAUGUCAACCACAACACUGGCGUUAGGAAAACGUCGGUGGUGUGGAGGUAUUUUGGUUUUUGGAGGUCGGACAUGAAGCAGAGUAAUGUGGACUGUAAAUUAUGUCGAGUACAUGUUCUCACAAAGUCGGGGAAUACCUCAAAUCUUUUUCACCACCUGAAGCAGCGCCACGCCGCAGAGCACGCGCAACACAAAAGGUUACAAACCCCGAGAGGAGCGAGGAGCCGAAACAGACGACCAUUCAGUCGGCUUUCUCUAGAGCGACGCCUUACGACAAAACGUCAAAGAGACACAAAGACCUCACAGAUGCAAAAGACAUGCUACCAACAAACACUGUUAAUUUUCAUUUUUUAUAUCGUGAUAUUUAUCGAUAUUGACUGAUAUGAAAAAAUAUAUCGUGAUAAACUUUUUCCCGUAUCGCCCAGCCCUACAGAGUGUGUUCUGGUUCAUGUCUGAGACCCAGUUCUGUGUUUUCUUUGUUUAGGGAAAUGUUCCCACCAGAGAGGCCAUCCAUGUCUACUACCAAGAACAGAUGACCAAGACCUCCAGAGAGUCCAGUUUGGACUACGUUUCCGAUGAGGCAGAGGGGUUUACUUCAGGGGAAAGAUGGAAGGGAGAGGAGGACCAGGAGAUCAAACCUGAACUAGAAACAGAUCCAAUAUUAGGGGGACAUCCAGAACCAGAGGUAGUGUCAGAGAAAGACCAUCCAGGAAAAACAGAAUCUGAAAAUGUUCACCAAGAACUACCUGAAACUAAAACAGAACCAGGACUAGAACUAAAACCUGUACCAGGAUCAGGGGGAGAUGACCCCACUGCAGAAACCUCAGGUCCAUCAGAGACUCCACCCUCAGGAACCAGAGCUGAGAAAACGGAGGGUGACCCAGUCAUGGAGGUGCACAGUCAAGAAUGCCCAGAAUGCCGUGUAACCAAAACCAGCCAAAGACGGAGACUCAGACUGACCCGGAUGGAGAGGGUCCAGUCUUCUUCAUCAUCAUCUUCAGAAGGAGGAACCUUCAGUAGGACUCACAGGUUGGUUCUUAUGGACUGACAUGAUGUAACGCUGCAGUGUUAGCAUGUUAGCGUUUCCCUUUAUUAACGUUAUAACUUCUUCUUCUGUCCGAACAGCUUCAGCGACUCAAACCAGCCACUUUCUGUUGACACACAGCCGCCUUACACCUCAAACAGCGCCGCCACCCUCUCCUCCCCGACCUCCUCCUUCACCACCUCCCCCCUCCUCCCCCCCUCCUACAGCGGCGCUCUAGGUCUGGACCUUCAGGUGGAAGAGGAUCACAAAAAGAAGAGUGGAGAGAGGAGCAUCCGAGAGCUGACGGCCAGCGAACUGUUGAGGAACAGGUGAGUCACAGGUGAGUCCCAGAGGAAGAUCACCUCUGACCUGCUGGUGCUCAAACUCCUCUCUCUGUUUCAGGACGUUCUACGAUGAGGAGAUGGAGGCGUCAGACCAUUUCUAUGGAAACCAACACCAGCUGCUCCAGCUGGGUUACGCCCUCUACAACAUCCUGGCCGCCAGGUAAACUCCGCCCCUCAUGUCACAGGUGUGUCUGUGCUGCUGAGAUACUGAUGAAGUUCCUCCCUCAGGUCAGAGACGGUGUGUUACCUGGUCAUUGUGCUGAACCACAUGGUGUCCGCCAGCUGCCUGACACUCGUACUUCCUGUACUCGUGUUCUUGUGGGCCACUCUGUCGGUCCCCCGACCCAGUAAGACCUUCUGGAUGACUGCAAUCAUCUACACCGAGGUGCUCACCGCUCUGCCUACCAAUCUGCCUGCCGCUCUGCCUGCUGCUCUGCCUGCCACCCUUCCUGCUGCUCUGCCUGCCGCUCUGCCUGCUGCUCUGCCUGCCGAUUUGCCUGCUGCUCUACCUGUCACCCUUCCUGCCAACCUUCCUGCUGCUCUGCCUGCCACCCUUCCUGCCGCUCUGCCUGCUGCUCUGCCUGCUGCUCUUCCUGCCACCCUACCUGCUGCUCUUCCUGCCACUCUGCCUGCCACCCUUCCUGCCGCUCUGCCUGCUGCUCUGCCUGCUGCUCUUCCUGCCACCCUACCUGCUGCUCUUCCUGCCACCCUUCCUGCCACCCUUCCUGCUGCUCUGCCUGCUGCUCUGCCUGCCACCCUUCCUGCCGCUCUGCCUGCUGCUCUGCCUGCUGCUCUUCCUGCCACCCUACCUGCUGCUCUUCCUGCCACUCUGCCUGCCGCUCUGUUGUGAUGCAGAUGCCCUUCUGACCUGACAUGCCCCUCCUUCGUCAAAGCUCUGUCCCGUCUCUGUCACGCUCUCGAAGUCUCAGCUUGUACUUUGCUGCUGCUCUAUCACCUUUUCCCUAUAUCACUGCUGCUCGUCCGCCCCUCUAUCGUUUGCCCGCCCCUCCUCUCUCUCACCGCUCCGCCCGACAUGCUGCUUGCUCCUCUUCCCAUCAGUCAGCUGUUUCACGUCCAGUUGUUGGUUGGUCUGUUCGCAGGUCACCAUCGUCAUCAAGUACUUCUUCCAGUUCGGUUUCUUUCCCUUCAACCAGAAACUGGAGCUGGACCGCUCCAAACCGUUCCACCCUCCCAACAUCCUGGGGGUAGAGAAGAAAGAAGGUUAUGUCCUGUAUGACCUGCUGCAGCUCCUCGCCCUGUUCUACCACCGUGCCAUCCUCAAGGUGCACAGAUUCCUCUAUUGUACCUGAACUACACUCAAGUGCCCACAUAUACCGUAAAUACUCAGAGGUAGAGAGUCUCUGAAAGCACUUGGCUGAAGGUCGCAGAGAAACUCAUCAGGUGAUGAAUACUUCCUCCUCUCCCUCCCCCCACAGUGCCACGGACUUUGGGACCAGAGUGACUCUGCAGAGACAGACCCCCUCCAUGACCACGACAACCAGGCCUCCCUGGACCAGGGUGCCAUCUUCACUGACCCAGCAGACCCCGCCCAUGCACUACGGAGGCGAGGCAGGAGACGGACGCACUCUGGCUCCACCCAGUUUCGCUCUCCUGCAGGUAGACCUGAACCAUGACCUGAGCGGUCUGACUGUAGGAGAAAAAUAUAAAACUUGAAGGUUAAAUAUUUCAAACUUGAGAGGGGGCCAGGGGCAAAAAGACCCCGAGGAACCUCAUCCACAUGAUCUUUGAUGGACCCACAUCUGGACCAGCACACCUGAGCUCCUCAUGACUGAAUGAUGUUUUCUUCUCGUGUUUUCAGACAGCGUCAGCUCCAGAGCUCAGCAGCUCAGCAGGUUUGAUCUGCUGCAGGAGAAACUCAGAGAACUUUCUGUCCGAGCAAAGAAGUUCUGUGUCAGCAGGUGAGCAAACACCUGAGCACUGUCCCCGUGGAUCACUGACCCUUAUAUACCUGAGGUCUUCAGUAUGUCUUCUUCUCCGUCAGGUCUAUGUCUGUGUACCGGCCGAUUCUUCAGUUCUUCAGAGCUCUGGUCCAUCCUGAGUACAGCGCCGUCACUGACGUCUACGUCCUCAUGUUCCUCGCCGACACCGUUGACUUCAUCAUCAUUGUCUUCGGAUUCUGGGCCUUUGGGGUACGCUGUCCUUUCCUGGGAACUUCCUGUUUUGGUUCUGUUUGAAACUAUUUAGUUUUGUCGCUAUCCGAUCUGUCCCAGAAACCAGAUUUGUACUGCGCAUGUGGGAAACGGACGUCACUUCCUCUCUUCAUAUUUCAAUGCAUUUUACGGCAGUUAGUCGUUACUAUUGUUACUUACCCGAUCCGUACUGCGCAAGUGCAAAUAAAAACUUUAUUUAACGUACUGAUCAAUUUCAGAAACCAGUUGGCGAUGUCACAGGCUAGCUAGCAGGAGGCUCCAGAGCUAAUGCCGAGGCAUUCGCCAGAGCUCCUGCCCAGAACUGUGAGACCUUUUGGGCCACAGAGAGCGCCACCACCUGGUCAAAUUUAUGGUUCUCUGACUUUUCAAAGUAUCAAGGGGGGAUCCUCUGGAGGUGUGUGGCCAUCCAUGGUGCACCCUUCCCAGGCCACAGAGAUCGCCACAACCAAAACUGGUUGUCAAAACUGGGCGCCAUUCUCUUGACAUUUCGGCACUCUGCUUCAGGCGGGGGAAGCACUCCAUUCAGGAGAAAAGUGUGCGGCUGUUAUAAACUGCAGCAUCCGUUCUGACUGAAGCGAGCUCGCUAAUGUCGAAGCUGUCGCAAACCGCGAGGGGCAAAGAAUCACUGAGCUGUCACAAAGAUGGCUCGUAGAGGAAGUGACGUUCGUUUCUCACAUGCGCAAAUCGUGUUUCCGGGAUGGAUCAGGUAGCGACAAGUCUAAUUUGAUUCUGAUACUUUAAAUUUUCCCAGAAACACUCUGCAGCCGCUGACAUCACUUCCUCCCUCUCGGAGGACCAGGUACCUGAAGCUUUCCUGGUCAUGGUGCUGAUCCAGUUUGGUAAGUAAACCUCUGUGUUUGCUUGUCCACCUGUCUCUCUGUCCGUCUGUUUACCUGUCAGUCAGCUCACCUGUCUUCCUGUCCGUCUGCAGGUACCAUGGUGAUUGACAGGGCUCUGUAUUUGAGGAAGACCGUUUUAGGGAAGCUGGUCUUUCAGGUGAUUUUGGUUUUGGGGAUCCACUUCUGGAUGUUCUUCAUCCUUCCAACGGUUACUGAGAGGUAACAGACCAGUUUCUCAGACGUGUCCUCUGACCCUGACUUGUUCUUCUUCAUGUUCCUCUGACUUCCUGUCCUCUGACCCGUCUCAUUCUCUGUCUCCAGGCGCUUUAAUCAGAACCUGGUGGCUCAGCUCUGGUAUUUCGUGAAGUGCGUGUACUUUGGUCUGUCGGCCUAUCAGAUUCGAUCUGGUUACCCGACGCGUGUUCUGGGAAACUUCCUGACGAAGAGCUACAACUACCUGAACCUCUUCCUGUUCCAGGGGUGAGUCUCCACCUAUGACCAACUUCGACUUUAAUCUAACCAGCUGUCCCACUUCCUGUUCAUUCGCCUGUCUGUCCGUCUUCAGGUUUCGUCUGGUCCCCUUCCUGACAGAGCUGCGUGCGGUGAUGGACUGGGUUUGGACGGACACCACGUUGUCUCUGUCCUCUUGGAUCUGUGUUGAAGACGUUUAUGCUCACUGCUUCGUCCUGAAGUGCUGGAGGGAGUCUGAGAAAGUACGAUCCUGUAUUUAAGUGAACGCGGCGCCCUCGGCCUCACGGUCUGGAUCAGUCUGCACGUGUCUGAUGUGUGUUUGUGUUUGUGUGUCUGAUGUGCGUUUGCAGCGGUACCCUCAGCCUCGCGGGCAGAAGAAGAAGCGGGUGGUGAAGUACGGGAUGGGCGGGCUCAUCGUUCUGCUGCUGAUCUGCAUCGUCUGGUUUCCGCUGCUCUUCAUGUCGCUCAUCAAAUCAGUCGCCGGAGUUGUCAACCGACCACUCGACGUCUCUCUGACCAUCACACUGGGAGGUUUCCAGGUAAACUCACCUGUACUGACGUAUCACUGUAGGUUAUAGUUAUAGACUUUAGCUCUUGUCCGGUCUACCUCCGUUUUAAGCGCCCGUUAUUCCUCCAGAGUCUCCGGUAUUUUCUUUGUUUUCUUGCUUGUGUCGGCAGUCGUGGCCAAAGGAGGAUUCAGACAAUUUUCCGAACUUUCUGGUUGGUUUCUACUGUCCGAUAUUGUAGCACGCUAACUUUGUUUGGGCUCCUGAACGACACGGGGGAGCAGCGUCUGCCUCACAACCAAUCAGGUUAGAGGAGGUGGAGAACGGCUUUGUUUACAGUCAGAAAGAGCGGACCGCUCAAAAAUGUUCAAAUGUUGACGACACAGACAGAAGAGAACACAGAGAUAUCGAUAUAUUACCAAAUAAUCAAUAACUAAUAACUAUUGACUGAUAUUAGAAGAGUUUCUGUUUAUAAACCACAAAAUAAGAUGCUUCCUUAAGGGAAUCCUGCCGACCCCACCUUUAAGGUUGCAUUAGUACCUGUAGGACUGUCAGUAGAACUACAGCUGACUCUGCGUUGUUGUUGACAGCCGAUCUUCACCAUGAGCGCUCAGCAGAAUCAGCUCAGAGACCUGGCUGAGGAGGACUUCACCUCCUUUACGACCUCCUACAGCUACACCCCGGUGAGUCCUCUGCAGAACACCAGACCAGUUUGUAGUUCAACGGCAUUAACCCUGUGUCCUUCCUGUCCCAGAGUGCUUUGCAGUUCUUAGAGGCGUAUGGUCCCGAGGAUGUGACAGUGGCGGAGCUGCAGGGCAGCAGUAACUCUUUGUGGACCAUCAGUCCGCCUAGCAGGGAGUACCUGAGCCAGGUGCUGCACCUGGACCACUUCCCCCUCACCCUGUCCUGGACCAUUCAAAGGUCAGCUUUACCUCACCCAUGAACAAUACAACCAUUACAGUGAUACGGUUAGUUAUUGAUUCAGUUAGCAACUUGGUUAGUCAGGAUAUUUGUUGGUCAGACAGUCGGAAAGUUAGGAAAUAAGUGAUUAAUUUAAUUAAUGAAUUAGUUAGCUGGUAGGACUUUGUUAGUUUUCAACUAGCUUUGAGUUUGUAAAUAAGCUACUUAGUAAGUUAGUUAACUAGUUGGUUAGUCAGUUAGGAAGAGUUCAGAUGAGCGGCAGUGAAACUCAUAAUUAUUAUUUUUUAACGAACAGGAACUUGAGUCUGGGGGCGAAGGCGGAGCUUGCGUCAGGUAAACAUGUGACCUACUUGGAUGAUCAGACUCGCCUGGAACUGAUCCAGCUGCUGAAUGGAACCAGGACACUUCCUGUGUGAGUAUAGGGGGGUCAUGGGUCGUGUUUGGCAAAGAGCUUUGGACGGGUCAUGUAAUCAGAAGUGGGCGGAGCAAUGCAGUGAGUGACAGUGGAAAUCUGUCAGCUGAACGGGACAGGAAAUGAGAUGUUCACCUCAUAAAUGGAUCUGGUAGGGAUUGGCAGACAGCGAAAAUCGCCGCUGUUCCAGAUGUGGUGGAAAUUGGGGGUUAGACAGAUGUGUCCGAUAGAGCAUGCACCCUACUUUCCACUUCCUGUAUCGUCAAAAUUUCAGUGUAUUUCUGUCUCGUUGGGCUAAUCAUGUGACCUCUCCUACGUCUCGACUUAAGGCUCAUACAGGAAGUGUUUCCAUGUUUCCUUCGAGCUCCAAGUGACUCCAACGCCAAACCCAUUGAACAGCUGUACACAGGUAACAAACAGCCACACAGCGACAUCUUCAUUCUUCUGUAAAAACAAUGUUUUAUUUUUAUACUCUGGAUGUAAACAGGAAGUUCACCCAUGUGAUGUCGUCUAACAUCUCUCCUCCAAUCAGACGACAGGUACAAAGACAUCUUGCUGGCCUUGGAGCGCACCACCAAUCAGAGCAGAGAGAUUCAGGAGUGGUGGAUCGUGGACCAACCAUUUGCGAGUUUGGUGCCUAUUGGGGGCGGGGUUUCUCCGACUGACAAGAGGGAGGCAGGGCUUCAGCUGCUAGUGUUUAGUGAUAAAGUCAGUCCUCCCAGUCUGGGCUUCCUGGCUGGAUACGGGUACGUGAUGCCUUUAAGUGCCGUCGUAAAUAUGAGUAAUACGAAACAUCAAGUCUGUUCCAGCUAAACUUAACCAAUCUUACCAGGUUAACCAGUAUGUGCAGCUCAUUCAUUGGACGAAAGGGACGCCAAAUUUGACCUAAGCCAAAUGUUGCACACAGGAGCUUUAAUGACCAACUAAACUCUGACUUUAAAUCAAUAUGUGCACAGACUCUCUAUCAGUGUUUAAAAAAUUAACAAUAUUAUUAAAGCUAAAAGACCUCUCCUGCCGAUUUUCUUCUUUUUUCUUUUGGCGUCCUGCCCCGCAGCAUCAUGGGAUUGUACGCCUCCGUGGUGUUGGUGAUCGGGAAGUUUGUCCGAGAGUUCUUCAGCGGGAUCAGCCACUCCAUCAUGUUCGAGGAGCUGCCCUGCGUCGACCGAAUCCUCAAACUCUGCACCGACAUCUUCCUGGUACGAACUUUACUAACGUGACAGCAUCAGGUGUGGCCCCGCCCACAACACACCUGGUCACAAUGUUAGAGAGAAGUGACGAUCAGGCUGUUAUAUUACCGACUUGUUAUCAUACUGUAAUCUGAUUGGCUCUCAUGCAGUGAUGUGAUUGGCUCUUUUCUGUACAGGUGAGAGAGACAGGUGAGCUGGAGUUGGAGGAGGAGCUUUAUGCCAAAUUGAUCUUCUUGUAUCGAUCACCUGAGACCCUGAUCAAGUGGACCCGACGAUGACAUCACCUGUUGUGACCUCAUCAGGUGUUCUCAUUUUCAGACUCUUAUUUUGAAAAGUUUUGAACCAAAAGGAAAUGCUGGACAACAUUACCUGUUUGUUCGCCGGCCAACCGGAGCAGCUGGUAGGCGGAGCUUACCUUUCACUGUGUUGUGAGGACGUUACAGAGCGAGUUUGUGGUGUGUGAUUAAAGGGACUUAUCCUGGAAAAACCUGGAACUCUUCAUGAUGAAGCUGCUUGAGAAGUCCUGGAAAACCUGG